CCUCCGCUCCCCUUUCUCUCGGCGGUGGGUCGGAGCCGCUGUCCCUGGCCUCGCAUGUUUCCCUCUGGAUUCCUGUUUUCAGUUUGAUGCCCCUCUUGUAGAUGCGCUCCGUUUGAACGCCUUUGAAGGGCCACAGUCGGGCGUGCGUGCUGUGGUGUUUAGUUGCCCCCAACAUUUUUAUUUUGAGGCGUUUCGAGGCUCCAACCCCGAACAUGGCUGUUCAAGUUAGCGGAUCGUCUGGGCCGAUUGCCCGGCUAGAGGGCCGUGAAUUCGAAUACAUGAUGAAGAAGCGCUCGGUGACCAUCGGCCGGAACUCCUCUCAGGGCUCCGUGGACGUCAGCAUGGGCCACUCGAGCUUCAUCUCGCGGCGGCACCUGGAGAUAUUCACGGCCAGCGACGACGGCACCGGCAGCGGGGACUUCUACCUGAGGUGUCUGGGUAAAAACGGGGUGUUUGUGGACGGAGUGUUCCUAAGACGGGGCGCCCCUCCUCUGCAGCUACCACGAAUGUGCACGUUCAGGUUUCCCAGCACCAACAUUAAGAUCAACUUCACGGCGCUGUCCAGCGGGAAGAAGGCCAAGCGAGAGGCGCCAGAGUCCCCAGUGAAACCAGUACAGCCUCAGAUCUCCCCACUUACCAUCAACAUUCCAGACAACAUCGCUCACCUGAUGAGCCCGCUGCCGUCUCCCACCGGCACCAUCAGCGCUGCUAACUCCUGCCCCUCCAGCCCCCGGGGGGCGGGCUCCUCGGGCUACAGGAUGGGGGGCCGCAUGGUCAGCUCCGUGGAGCUGCAGCUCAUCAACGACAACUCGCAGCCCGAGAACGACAAAGAGGCCUCCGGAGGGGACAGCCCCAAGGACGACUCCAAGCCGCCGUACUCCUAUGCACAGCUGAUUGUCCAGGCCAUAACGCUGGCGCAGGACAAGCAGCUCACACUAAACGGAAUCUACAAUCACAUCACCAAGAACUACCCGUACUACAGGACCGCCGACAAGGGCUGGCAGAACUCGAUCCGUCACAACCUGUCGCUGAACCGAUACUUCAUCAAAGUGGCGCGGUCGCAGGAAGAGCCGGGGAAAGGUUCGUUCUGGAGGAUAGACCCGUCGUCGGAGGCCAAGCUCAUCGAGCAGGCCUUCAGGAAACGACGGCCCCGCGGGGUCCCCUGCUUCCGGACCCCACAUGGACCCCUCUCCUCCAGGAGCGCUCCAGCGUCCCCCAAUCACUCCGGGGUGCUCUCCGCUCACUCCAGCGGGGUGCAGACCCCGGACAGUCUGUCCCGGGAGGGCUCCCCGGUGCCCCUGGAGCCGGACACGCCCUCCGCGCCCCCCCCAGUUCCCACCGCCGCCGUCCAGCCCAAACUGGCGGUCAUCCAGGAAGCACGCUUUGCACAAAACACACCAGGCUCCGCAGUCAGCAGCCAGCCGGUCCUCAUAGCGGUCCAGCGCCAGUUACCUCAGACCAUCAAGCCAGUGACUUACACCAUGGCGUCCCCAGUGAGCACCAGCAGCUCCCAGCCCGCCGUCCAGACCGUCCACGUCCUGCAACAGAUCCCAGCCGGCUCCACCGUCAUCGCCCAGCAGGCCGCCAUCAUCAAGAGCGAACCGCAGGAGAACGGGGAGCACACGGAGGUCAAAGUGAAAGUGGAGACGGUUCCCAGCAUCGGUUCUUUGGGCGCCUCCAGUCGCAUCAUCCAGAGCUCCCAGUCGGCGGCGCUGCAGACGGUCACCAUCGUGCAGCAGGCGCCGGUGGGUCAGCACCAGCUGCCCAUCAAGGCCAUCACCCAGAACGGCACCCACGGCCUGACCACCGCCCUGCAGGCGCCCUCCAGCUCAGUCCCGGCCGCCGCCAGCCCCCUCCACCUGCUGGCCACCCACGCCUCCGCCUUGCUCCCCACCAAGCGGCAGAACGGAGACCAGCUGGCGGGGGAGCAGCCGGACGCCAAGCGAGGGAAACCCGAGGAGGAAACGCCCGCCGUCGCCGUGGAGACGGACUCGCCAGCAGCCGGAGAGCAACCAAACUAGCCGUCUGGACGCCGCGCCGCAGAGCUCCGCCCCGCCCACCGUCUCUCUCUCUCUCUCAUCCCGUCGUUUGUUUCGUUUCUCCUCCCGCCGCUGACG